AACCCUCCUCCGCUCAGCUCCGGCGAGUCCUGUCCUCUCUCCUGCUGCCCCUCCGCACCGCCCUGCCCCUUCCGCUUCCCGAGAAACCAAACCGUAGCCUCCUUCGACCAUGCGAGGUGGUCUCCGGCCGCGGCGCCAGUCGCCUCCGCCGGGCAAGGAGACGAGGGUGGCCGGUUUCGGUCCUAAUACUUCCAAGAAGAGGAAGCUAGUGGGACACCAGCGCCGUGAAGAGGUGCCGCCGGCGGCAGUGGGCCUGGAUAUCCACGAAGAAGUGAUAGCGCCGACGCCGGGGACGCCAGAUCCGAAAUCGACGGGCAAACUGCCCGCCGGAGGGGAGGUAGACGGAGGAGCCGUGGACCGCAUCAGCAACCUCCACGACGAUAACCUCCGCCACAUCGUCUCCCUCCUCCCCGUCAAGGACGGCGCCCGCACCCAGAUCCUCGCGUCCCGGUGGCGCCACCUCUGGCGCUCCGCCCCUCUCAAUCUCGACUACCGUGAGUUCCCCUCCGGCUGCUUGCCCCCUUACAUCGAUUCCCGCAUUGCCGUCAUCUCGCACAUCCUUUCCUCCCACCCAGGGCCCUGUUAG